AUGCAACGAACUGAUAGUCCACAGUCGCUGGCAGACCGGAUUAACCAUCCAGGCCGGCGCAGAAGUUCCUGGGUCCCCGCUACUGUAAGGCAAGCAGAGUCCUACGAUUCGAUCCCCGCCAUGGGGUUCGAAAGCGGCCACGCAAGGAGGCUGAAUCUUCAGGAGCUCGGACAAGGAAAUCCGUCCGUCCCCAGCCAGCCAACAAUCCAACCACAACCACAGCAACAAUAUCGGCACAGCUUUGCUGAGCCCCAAACACUCAGCGGGGUUCCUGACCUCGCCGAAUCCGGUGGGUACAUUACCUCCCAGAUAAGCAGACCCGAGGAUCCAGAGAGAUUCGCCAAUUUCGGAAACGGGCGACCGGACACGGAUCAUCGGGACUCUACCCUGAGACCAGGUUUCCUGCGUAUGUUGGAAACGCCAAGCAACCGUGCCGCCGAGCCCACCGUCGCCCCGCGCACGUCGGACAGACUCAUCGUGGGGAACAUGCCGUACGGGCCCUCGCAGGCCGGCGGCCCCUGGAAUAGACAGUGGAAGCAGACGGACAAUAUUCCCGCCGUGUAUUUCCCGCCUCUUGGCCGCGAGGCCUUCCUCGACGCUGCUGCGCACAGGUUCCAAGCUGCGCAAGCAGUUCCGGUUCCGGUUCCGUCGUCCUCCUCCUUUCCCGCCGUCUUCGUCCCGCCGGUCCGAGCCCCCUCGCUUAGCCAGAACACCUUUAUUCCGGUUACGACAGCAAAAGCAACAGCAACAAGAAGGGCCGGCUCGUCUUCGGAUAGCGGUUCAGGAACACCGGAUCCCGAGGUUCUCGCCACACCUGCCGGAGGGCCCCAGCCUAGCGCGGCCAACGUCCAUGCUCAUGCUGGCGCUUCGCGGGGUGACGGGGUGCCGCGAGAGGUUGGGGAGCUAUCGGAUUGGUCCGAGUGGUUGAGCUCCGAGGCAGGCGACGGAAACCUCCAGACUGACGUCGUCGAAGGUAGUGGUGCUGGUGCUGGACUUAAUGGCAGCGGGCAUCGUACGCCUAUUCUUAUCACCGUCUCGGUAUCGAUCGACUUCGACAAUAGCGACUUCGAUGUUCGGGGCUACAACGUCACUACGAGACCACGAGUUCUUCGGGAGGCGGAGAGUAGGAUAACGGUAUGCGAUGAUGACUGA